UAGCGCUGCGAGUUGUGAAGCCCAGACGGUGCUAAUGUGUGAAGAAGGACAACGUAACAACAUGUGUCUUUAUUUUUUCUCUCUCCAAAACUCGAACACCGAGUGAAUCUGUCACAUUGUUUUCUUUUUUUUUUUUUCUCACCGAGCGAACGGCCGACGAUAAUGUCGGCGAUAUGUAAGCUCUGCUUUUCAGACUUUGGAAAACAAAUCGGGUAUUGUCGGUGAAUUCUCGGGAGAUGGCAGAAUAGUUCGACCUCUGCCAGUUAACCGAGCCCUCAUAAAAGCACUUUGACAAACUGACCCACAAGGUCUACAAUGACAGCUGGGGACAUGUUUCUCUUGGUUUUGAUCAUCCUGGUCCUUCCCUGUUCUUGCUUGGAAGGUGAGGGCAGUGUGAGAAACUCUGUAUGUUUGUGUGAUGGAUCGUCCUGCAGCAGUGGGGACCGAUGUGUCGGCAGGCGGUGCUUCACCUCUCUCUCAGUACUGAACGGGACAUCAGUCCUUCAGAAGGGCUGCGUUGUGGAUGCCGAAGAAGGGUCCACGCGCUGCGGAAGCCCACCGUCUCCUGAGCUGGUGAUAGAGUGCUGUGAGGGGGAUUUGUGCAACAUGAAUGUCUCCUUGCAGUCGCCGGUGAAAGAUGUAGAACUGUCUGCUAGCAGACCAGUCCUCAGAGACCAGGAGUGUGUAUGCGAGGGCGUCGUGUGUGAGCGUGACCAUCGCUGCACAGGGCAGCAGUGUUUCUCCUCCCUGAAGAUGAUUGAUGGGGUGGCCGUCCAACAGAAGGGCUGCCUGAGGGACGACGAGGAGGGCAGUGCCACCUGUGCCAUGCCACCCUCAUCGGCCCAUGUUGUCAAGUGCUGCCAGGGCCAUCUGUGUAACAUGAACGUCACUGUGCAAGCUCCCGGGAAAGAGGAGGAAGUGAAGCCCCUGAUCAAACAGGAACAUGAGUGUGUGUGCGAAGGCAGCUCAUGUGUAACAGGCAAUCGCUGCAUGGGCCACCAGUGUUUCUCUUCUCUGACAGUCAACGCCGGCUCUCUCGUGUACCAGAAAGGCUGCUUUAAGGUUUAUGAGCAGAGCACGAUGACCUGUAAGACCCCACCUUCCAGAGACCAGAUUGUGGAGUGCUGCCAGGGGCCCCUGUGUAACAUGAACAGCACCGUAGAGCUGCCUGUCAAAGCUGAUGAGCUGCAAAACUACAGUGUGACCACACUGGCUAUUGUCAUCGUGGCACCCAUCAUCGUCCUCAUCAUCCUCUCUGCUAUCGCUAUCCUGGUGUUUAGACGCAUCCACCACAACCAAAUGGAGAGACUGACAUCACGAGAUGCUGAAUAUGGAACAAUCGAUGGCCUUAUAGCAUCAAACGUUGGGGAGAGCACUCUGGCGGAUUUGCUGGAUCAUUCCUGCACUUCAGGCAGUGGCUCAGGACUCCCAUUCCUUGUUCAGAGAACUGUUGCUCGACAAAUUACGCUCAAUGAGUGUGUGGGUAAGGGUCGCUAUGGUGAAGUGUGGAGGGGUCAGUGGCAGGGGGAGAGUGUCGCUGUCAAAAUCUUCUCCUCCAGAGACGAGAAGUCCUGGUUCAGAGAGACUGAGAUCUACAACACAGUGCUGCUGAGACACGAGAACAUCCUCGGCUUCAUAGCUUCAGACAUGACCUCCAGGAACUCCAGUACUCAGCUGUGGCUGAUCACUCAUUUCCAUGAGAUGGGCUCCUUGUAUGACUACCUUCAACUCAGCACCCUUGAUGCAUCCAGCUGCCUCCGCAUGGCGCUCUCCAUCGCAAGCGGUUUGGCACAUCUCCAUGUAGAGAUCUUCGGGACACAGGGCAAACCGGCUAUCGCCCACAGAGACCUCAAGAGCAAAAAUAUAUUGGUUAAAAAGAAUGGACAGUGCUGCAUUGCUGACCUUGGUCUGGCAGUUAUGCAUUUUCAGGACACCAACGAGCUGGAUGUGGGGAACAACCCUAAAGUGGGUACAAAGCGCUACAUGGCCCCUGAGGUGCUUGAUGACUCUAUCCAGAUGGACUGUUUUGAGUCCUACAAGAGAGUUGACAUCUGGGCCCUGGGCCUCGUGCUGUGGGAGAUUGCCAGGAGGACGGUCAGCAAUGGUAUUGUAGAGGACUACAAGCCACCUUUUCAUGACGUGGUCCCAAGUGAUCCCAGUUUUGAGGAUAUGAAGAAGGUUGUGUGUGUGGAUCAGCAGAGGCCCAACAUCCCUAACAGAUGGUUUUCAGACCCAACUUUAACCUCCAUGGCCAAACUCAUGAAGGAGUGCUGGUACCAGAACCCAUCAGCCAGAUUAACAGCAUUACGCAUCAAAAAGACUCUCACAAAGAUCGACAACUCUCUGGACAAAAUCAAAACAGACAUUUGAGCCUGCCUCAGGAAGAAGAGGCAGACAUAUACUAAAGGCCUUUGAAGACAUCCAGAGGGUGGACCAUCCUAGAGAAAUCUCAGAAGACAAAAGACUUUAAUGGGCUCGGUGCCCUUAUAGUGGCGCAGACCUAUAUUUAUUUUAAAACACUUGGCGGGACACAUUUUGGCAUCCAAAGAUGGCUUACCGGGCAUUCCUGAGACUGCCAGUGGUCUUGGAAAUAGGAAAAUAUCUACUCAACUUAUAACACUGUAGAAAUGUUCUUCAAGGAAGAAACUGUUAACUGGGCAUUUGAGUAGGCUUGCUUUUGUUAGAACCGCAGAUUUUGUUUGACACUUUUUUUUUUUUAGUUUGAAAAACGUCAGAACAUAUUAGCAGUUUCACUUUAUCUCUGUAAUCGUACUGCAUUGUUUGUUUGAUUUCUGGUGGAUUCAUUUGGAAAAGAGGUCAACUUGCCAAUUGAACUUGCCAAUUUAUUCAGCAUACUUUCGGAAACAGUAAGGAUCACAGCAAGGAGUGUUGUGUUUUACUUUGUGCGCCGCGCACCUCUGUUUACAAUUCUGUCAGAACAAGUUUCUUGGGAUCUCAUCUAUCCAGUAACAUUUAGUUGUACAGCUGUGUCAAUGGCACUGUUCUUUUCCUGAUAAAUAUCGUCCAACUGAAGGUACUCUGUUUCAGACUUUUUGUAUAUCACCAUGGAUUUUACAUUGAUUAUGUACCUGUUCUAUGUUUUGUUUCUUCAGCUUUACAGACACAAAUGCUAAAAGAACAAAUAAAAUAUCUGCUAGAAGACGCUGAACUCUGUUUCUCCAGAGGCCUGUAAGUAAGCCUCUAAAGCCUGUAUAUUGUCUUAACGCGUGCAUUGUUGUCUUAAUGCGUGCAUUGUCAAGUAAAUGAAGUCAAACUUCAGCCUUUUUUUUUUUUAUUUCUUUAUCGUUUUAUAUCAAUUAGUGAUUUAUAUUAAUUAAAUAGAAAACAUGUAUUUUAUCUG